AUGUGGGGUGCACUUACGGAAUAUUCUUAUAAUCCCAAUAUGAUAGACUUCAAGUAUCAUACCCUAAUUCAUAUGCGGGAUCGAUGGAACAAAUGGAGAUCUGUCUUGUAUCGUGAAUAUGCAAAGCCAUGUGGUUGUGAAGAAGAGGCUCUGAAAAAUAAGCCAGAUGCAGUAGGUAACAAAGAAGAUUGGGAAUGGUGUGUUUCAAACGUUUUCUACACCGAUGAGUUUCAGGUUGUUACACAAAUUUCUUCAUAUUGA